CCUUCAUGAUAUAAACAACUGUUGAAUUCGUGUAAUUAAUCAUGGUUGAAGAAAAAUUAAUAAAAUUGGUCCAAAGCACCUUCUCUUUGUUUGGACUCGUGCUCUCGAGGAAACUCAGUAUUUCACUUGCUAAGGAACUCUUAAACGUGGGCGAAGAUGAACGUGAGACUUGGCUCUCAAGGAUUGUUGAAAAAGUGUUUGCACAGAAUUUAAGCGAUCCACAUGUAACUCUCGAAACAUUGAAAAUUGCUAUUGAAGAAUGUAUAAGGCCAAACGCUUUGAAAGACGAUGAAACGUUGUUAAAUGUUAUUGAUGUCUUUCAUGUACCGAAAAUUCACUAUAGCUUGUCUAAGAACAAGUUUAUUUUGGAAAAUGUCGAACCAGAAUUGUAUGCCGAGGCACGAUAUAAAACUGUACUGUUUAAAGAUAGAUUCGAAUUGCUUUGGUACAGAACAUUGAGACAUGAGUUAUUUACACCUCCAAAGCUUGGUGAAAGAAAACAAGAUUGGAUUGAAUUAGUGCCCAUUGAACACUUACUAAGUGAAAGUAGAACAGGAAAUGUCUACGUCAUGGGUCUUUUAACUCAGUUAGUAGAAGAUCAAUUUUACUUAGAAGACACAGGAGGUUCAAUAAAAGUCGAUCUACGAGAAGCAAAUUUCCAAGAUGGUUUGAUCAUGGAGGGUUCUAUAGUAAUAGCUAAUGGAAAUUUCGAGGAUGGUGUUUUACGCGUGGAGAAGCUGGGUUUCCCGCCGCCGGAAUCGUCUAAUAAUGCGCGUGUAGAUUUUGGCGAUGCUAAUACAUUCGGCGGUUCGCACCAUAUUUCUUUAAAACUAUCCGAAAAAUUGAAGAGCCACGAAGAAAGUAAUAAAGACGGAAUGAUCGUAUUUGUAUCAGAAAUGUGGCUGGACGAUGAAAUUGCUUUGCGGAAAUUUAAAAUUAUGUUAGAGGGGUAUUCUCAAUAUCCACCUAUAGCUUUUGUAUUAUGCGGACAUUUUUUAAGUUCUUCGACGAACAUGUCGAGCCCGCAGAAGUUAAAAGAUGGACUUAAAGAACUUGCUGAUAUAAUAAUACAGUACCCGGAGAUACAUCAAACUUCGAAAUUUAUUUUUAUACCUGCAUCGGACGAUGUUGGAUCGCCGAAAAUUUUACCAAGAUUGUCGCUGCCAAAGAAUCUUACAAGAGAUUUUACGAAGAAUAUACCUGGUGCAAUAUUCGCUACUAAUCCGUGCAGAAUUCAGUACUGUACGAAAGAGAUAGUGAUAUUAAGGGAAGAUAUUUUAACGAAAAUGUGCAGAAACACACUUCAUUUUCCAGACCAAGGCAACAUCUACGAUCAUUAUGCUAAAUCGAUUGUCUGCCAAUCUCAUUUAACCCCGAUGGAUCUAUCACUUGUGCCGAUCUACUGGAAAUACAAUCACGCCUUACAAAUAUAUCCUACCCCAGAUCUCAUCGUAGCUGCGGACAAAUAUGUAGCAUACGAAACCACGUAUUCUGAUUGUCACAUAAUCAACCCCGGAUUUUUCCCAAGGAACGAUCAUUCGUUUAAAGUGUAUGUGCCGGCAUUAAAUUUGGUUGAACAUUGCGCAAUUCCGAAAGAUGUGGAUAACAUUUGAUUGUAUUUGAAAUAAAAAAUAAAUAGAAAUUCAAAAAUAUUGUCAGUAUUUUGUUUAUAAGGGAUGUCGAUACCUUUGUACAAUCCUAUGCCAAUUUUAUACAUUUAUUUUCAUAUCAAAUUUUCAUUGAUUUUACAAUACUUUAAGAAACGCGCCUUCAAUUCAUAAAUUAAUCUGCGUAUUUUUCGAUACUAAAAUAAAUACUUUAAAUUAAACUCAAGCACCGAAUAUAAUUUAAUCACUCGUUACUGAUACUGAGUAAUUCCUUGAGUCUCUGU